CACCGAGUAAAUUCUUUACCUGCAAAUUUCGCUCGCUAACUGCAUCAGGGUGUCCUACAUCAAGAGUAUCGACAUCUACCUUGGAGUCUGCUACUUGAUGGUGUUCGCGUCGCUAGUUGAGUACGCUGCUGUCGGCUACGUCGCCAAGCAUAUCAUGCGGCAGCGCAAAAUCGCAGCCGACCAAGCAAAGCGAGCCAAGGAGGAAGCCGAGCUCAAAUACCCGUCGUGCAACAGCACGCCCUCUCGUGGCCCGUUUGCGAGCGCAGAGUACGGCCUGCAAGUAACGAACGAGAACGACUCCGUCCGAACGCAUCUGGUGCAGGCACCGAUGGGACGGUCAUCCGUCCCUAACUACGCAUCCAUUGACCCUCACGGCAGUCAGGACCCGGAAGUUGCCGAGCCGCAGAAGCGGAAGCGACGCUGCACCAGACCCGUGCUGUCACCGAGCGACAUCGACAAGUACUCGCGAUUCGGUUUUCCGAUCACCUUUCUUCUAUUCAACGCAAUUUACUGGACAGUAAACCUGCAACUCAACGACGUAUCGGCUUGGGUCGGAGCAAAGUCGUAGACGGAGAUAUAGAGGGAGCGACGGGCGAGUGUCAGUCACGUUGACGGGCGCGCCGUGACGCGUGAGUGAUCGUGUUGUUUUGACACGCACGUUCGGCUGCGUGUGUUUGUGUUUGCUGGCUGUUUGUUGGAUUGUUUGUUUAUGUGUGUGUGUGUGUGUG